AUGGGGAUCUACACAGUAUCAGCGUACACUGGAACGAGGGCCUUGUCUGGCACCACUAGCUAUAUCUACAUUCAACUGCGUGGUACUGAGGCUGAAAGUGAGGAGAAUGAACUAAAUUCGUCUUUUUUCUCUCAUGGAUUAAGUGAAGGAUCGGUGCGAACAUUUAAGGUAAACUGCAAAGAGUCGCUAGGAGAGCUCAUUUAUAUCAAGCUCUCCUGCAAGCCGUUUAUGUUACUUGAAAACAAGUGGUUCUGCGACAAGAUCUCGGUCACAACGCCCAAAGAUGACGAGAUUCUGUUCCCAUGCUACCGGUGGCUUGGCUCUGAUGACACGCUUGUUGUAAGACAGGCCAAAGCUUCGCUUGUGUUCCAGGACAUUGCUAACCCAAUAGCCCAUAGACAAAGGAUGAGGCAGCUAAAGGAGCGACAGGACACAUUUGGGUGGAACGUGUAUGCUGAAGGCAUGCCCCACAUUGUCAACUAUGACUCUGCCAGUGCUCUGCCUGAUGAAAUCCAAUUCUCUUCCACAAAGGACAUCGAGUUUUACUUCAUGGCAGGAAAGCAGUUAAUUGCUCUGAAGCUGACAGGAUUAGCUAACUGCAAAAAGUCAUGGGAAAGCAUCAGCCAGCUGGACGCAAUUCUUUGUGAAAACAGAAACAAAACCAUUGAUUACGUUAAGAAACACUGGGAUGAGGAUGAGUUCUUUGGCUACCAGCUGCUGAAUGGCCUCAACCCCAUGAUGAUCCAGCGCUGCUCAAAGCUGCCAGAGAACUUCCCCGUCACAGAGGAGAUGGUCAAAGACUCCCUGAGAGGAAGCACCUUUGAGGUGGAGAUGGAGAAAGGGAACAUCUUCCUGUGCGACUACAAGAUGUUGCACAGACUUGUGGGAAAUGAAGUCAGUGACAGACAGCAGUAUCUCACAGCUCCCCUGGUCCUGCUCUACUGUGACUCUUACGAUAUGAUGCUGCCCAUCGCCAUUCAGUUAAGGCAAAACACUGGAGAUGACAACCCCAUCUUCCUGCCCACUGACUCAAAGUUUGAUUGGCAGCUGGCUAAGAUCUAUGUGCGGGCUGCAGAGUUCAGUGUGCAUGAGGUUGACUUUCACCUGCUGAGAACUCACCUGCUGGCCGAGGUGUUCACCAUGGCAACAUUGCGGAACCUCCCCUCCGCACACCCACUCUUCAAGCUUCUCAUUCCUCACACUCGUUACACACUCCAGAUCAACAUCAUGGCGAGAAAUCAUCUGAUUUCCGAGGAUGGAACCCUUACCAAUCAUUCAGGCAUUGGUGGUGCGGCCAUGGAAAACUUGAUGAGGCGUGCGACUGCCUCCCUGACCUACAGCUCCCUCUGUCUGCCUGAUGACAUCUCUGAGAGAGGCCUGGGGAAGGUUCCCAACUACUACUACAGAGAUGACGGGAUGAAACUGUGGAUCGUUAUCAACAAGUAUGUUGAAGGAGUCUUGCAACAUUACUACAAAUCUGAUGAUGACGUGCAGAAGGACACAGAGCUGCAGAGCUGGAUCAGGGAGAUAUUUACCGAAGGCUUCCUGGAAAGGAAGCGCACAGGAAUACCUGAGAAAUUUCAGGCAGUGAGGGAUCUCAUCAAGUUUGUCACCAUGGUGAUCUUCACUGUAUCUGCCCAACAUGCCGCUGUCAACAAUGGACAGUUUGAGUUUGGCGGCUGGAUGCCUAACUUCCCCAGUGCCCUAAGAAAGCCCCCUCCCAAGGAGAAAGGCCAGACCACUAAGGACACCAUCCUGGAGACCCUACCUGAUAUUGGCACGACGGUGAACACAUUGGCUGUCCUGAGACUGCUUGCCAAAAAGUCAACAGACCAUUACCCUCUGGGAUAUUUCCCAGAACAGCUGUAUGAUGAAAAGGUCCCUUGCAAGCUCAUUGAAGACUUUCAAAAGGAUCUGGAGAAGUUGACAGUUGACAUCGAGGAGCGGAACAAGAAGUUGGAGCUUCCCUAUACCUAUCUGGACCCCAAAAAUGUGGACAACAGUGUGGCCCUUUGA